AAUAUGAAAUAGCCAAUCAUAGCUAUUCCUUAAAAGAAUGAUUGUGAUUGGUGCAAUCGGUGUUCAUACACCAACACAACAACAAUGUCGAGAGGAGCUGGAGAAGCUGAGAGAAGUGACAGGCAGUGAACAGCAUGGUGGAAUCCUUCCACCAUGAGUGAACAGGCCCGCACAGGCACACAGCUAUACAGUGCAGGCACUGACAAGUGACAGGUUAACUUGUAAGCCGCGAAAGAGUGCGAAAAAACAUGAGCAGAUCGCAGGAAAAAUCUGUCGAAGAGGAUGAAAUUAAUCUCUUCAAUCCCACUAUAUUGGAUAGAUUGCCGAUAUCACAUGUUGCUGAGUUACUUAUAAGACCGUUAAAGAGUACGGAUUAUGACAAAGGUUUUUUAGUUCUUCUAUCACAAUUGACAGAUGUUGGAAAUGUUACUAAGGAACAAUUCUUAAAUAGAUUCUAUAGUAUGAAGACCGCUGGUGGUUACUAUGUUAUCGUCAUCGAGGAUGUAAAUUCUGGAAAAGUGAUAGCAUGCGCGUCUUUAGUCGUAGAACAGAAAUUUAUUCAUAAUUGUAGCUUGCGAGGACGCCUGGAAGAUGUAGUGGUUAACAACAAUUACAGAGGGAAAUCAUUGGGAAAAUUAGUAGUUUCGAUCGUAGUACAAUUAGCUCGUUAUUUUCGUUGUUAUAAAUUAUCCUUGGACUGCGUAGAUCGUUUGGUACCAUUUUACGAGAACAUAGGCUUCAAGCGGGAAACUAACAAUGCCAAUUAUCUCAAUAUGCGCUUCCAUGGUGAAAAUGCCACUGAACAGUCUCAUUUAUAGUAACUGAUACAGUGUGACUUUAUCUGUACUGAUAAUCACUUGAUUACAGUACUUGUUCGCAGUAUAGCAUACAUAUGAACUGAAAAACUGAAAUAUUACAAUCUGAGUUACAUUAAGUUUAAAAGAGAUAUUUAGAUAACAAAUAUUUCUUGUAAUUUGUUCUCUCUAUGAAGAGAAUCUCAUUACUAAAAAAAAACGAAGAAAUUGAUAUGCUUUUUUAUAUAUAAGAGAAACAAUUUUCGUAUUAACAUUUGCAUGAACUAAAAUAAAUUAUUUUAUAUUCUUUUUUAUAUAUUAACAUAAGUAUUACAUAAUAAUGUUUGCGCGCACGCGCGUGCAUAUUCGUGCAAUUUUGAAAAAUAGAUCCUACAUAUAAAAUAUACUGUCGCAUUACAUUAUGGACUGUAUAGGUUGUAAAAAAAAUAAUUGUUAAAUAAAAUAAUUAACUUUUACUUAACAUAUGUAUAUUUUUUCAUGCAUAUAAUGUUAAUAAAUAAUAUUGU